AUGGACGCUAUGUUUAAAAGGUUUUUUUCUUACGAAGAGCAAGACGACCAAAUUUCAGUAGAAAGAAAUUCCCUUCAGCAGGAGAUACGAUUGAAAGAUGAGAAAAUACGACAGCUUGAGCGUGAAUUAUAUUUGAAAGAUAAGGAAACGAAACAUCUUAAGAGCCAACUAAACCUGAAAAUAGAGAAGAUUGACAAGCUGAAGAUAGUCAUUGACUCUGCCUUUGCCGAUCUGGCCGAGGUAGUUGUAAUGACUGACGAUAAUCUUAUAUCUCAGAACGAAUGGCAGCCAAGAAAUGAAAUCUUGUUUAUAUCUCAAAACGAAUGGCCGCCAAGAAAUGAAAUGUUGUUUACAGAAAAAGACCUCACUGGAGCAAAAAAUUUGUUUGCAGAAAAAGAUCUCACUGGAGCAAAGCAAUCACUACAGGAUAUUUCUUCAAAAAAUUAA